AUGGCUGUAAUGACCCCAAUAGACCACCAAUUGCCAACCCUGAAAAAUUCCCAAUGCAAAAUUGACCCAAAGGAUAAUUCUCGAUUGAUAUCAUACAAUUCAUGUUCAUCUAUAUGGCAAGCACUUACCUCAGAGAGCCAUCUUCCACCUAGGAUUGCCUAUACCAUUGAGAAUAAUCUGAGAAUUCUCGAUGAAAUAUUCAAUGAACAGGUUGAUAAAAUAGAGCAGGCAAGAAAUCCUACUACAAAUAUACGGAGGUGGCAUCAACCAAUGCAACAUUUACAAUCUGCUGGGAACACAUAUAUAGAUUUGGAUGCAAUGACAACAUGA